AUGAGACAAUACGGUGAGCUACACGAUAGUGAGGCACACGAGAGUGAGCCACACGAAGGUAAGGCACACGAUAUUGAGGCCCAUGAAGGUAAGGCACACGAAAGUGAGCCACACGAAAGUGAGACACACGAAGAUGAGGCCCAUGAAAGUCAAGCACAUGAAGGUGAGACACACGAAGGUGGGCCACACGAAGUUGAGGCACACGAAGGUGAGGCACACGAAGGUGAGACACACGAAAGUGAGACACACGAAGUUGAGGCACCCGAAAGUGAGGCAUACGAAGGUGAGACACACGAAGUUGAGGCUUACGAAGGUGAGGCACACGAAGGUGAGAAACACGAAGGUGAGACACACGAAAGGGAGGCUAACGAAGGUGACGUCCACGAAGGUGAGGCCCACGAAGGUUAG